AUGAGCGACGAAGAUACUGAAGAUAUUGAAGAAACCAAGAAAUGCGACAGUUGUAUGGAAAAGAAUAUGGAGUUACAAGAGAUCAGAGAGAGGCAUCGUAAACAACUGGAUGAUACUAAGCAGUGGUACGAAUCAGAGAUGGAAACACUACGACAAGAUUUAUUUAUGCAAGUUGAAGAAAAAGACGAUGAAAUUUCUAAUUACAAGAAAGAAAUUUGUACAUUAAAAGAGAAGAUAAUAAAUACGCACCCUACAACACCUAGCACAUCAAGUAUCGUUGCCAGAGGAAUUGAUGAUAUAGUUCGUAAGUAUACUGUCUCAUAUAUCUCUAGAAGGUCUCACAAAUGUCUGUUAAUAAUUCAAUUACUUCUUUAUAUUAAAAAAACGCAUGCAGGUGGUCCAGGAGACUCUCAAAACAUGGAAACGCCAACGCGUACAUUGGACGAUUCCGGUAAGUUUAAGGGUAAACAGUUAAAUUCAAUAACUUUUCAUAUAUUUUGGCAGUCAGUCAAAAAAGUAAUUUGUACACUGUAAGCUAUCUUUGGCAUUGCGCUCGCUUAGUAUUUUAUUCAUUCAUUUAUUAUUAAACACUUUAUGUUUGCUCCCCAGUGAAAUAGUUUUGUUUCCCCAUAUCCUGUUGUGUUUUUUCUUCUAUUAAUAUAUGUAACAAUAUUAAUAUAUGACAAUAUUUAUUCACCUCUAAUAUUUUAAUCGUGGCGUGACUAACGAACAAGGAAAUAGCGGAAAAAUUUGUAGAAAUUAAAUAUAUAGAAAUUUACCAGACAUGUAUAAAUAUUCAUUGUAACUUGAAAUACGUGUUCAGAGUAUAUUACGCAAAACCGUCACUGAAGAUUUUUGUGCAUUUAACUUAAGGCUUGGUAGAAGACGUCGAAGACCAAGACAUCGAACUUGAAAAAGGUAUUGCUUAGUGAGUCCAAGCUUUAAUUUUAAUACUUUUUAAAGGGGCAUAAUGCAAGUCACGCCUUAGUUUACGUUUUCCGGUAACUUCCCUCAAUAGUUGCCGCCAUUUUUGAGGCCACGAAAAUGGCUGCCAGCCUCUGACCCACAACGUAACAGAAACGUAAACAAACGUACGCAUUGCAUUUUGGUUGAUCAUGCCCAAACGUUUUUAAUAUACUCAUUUUCACCCCGCCAUUUGUUGCCCCCUCCCACGUAACAGGCAACUCAUGAUUUUUUGUGCCAAAUGGCUAUAUAUAAACGGUCUGUAAUUUGUGAAUCAGAAUAUAUGAAAAUGGGAUGCGAUUCGGCACCACGCUUUUUCAGUUUUUAAAAGUUUACAGAACCGUUCAUAAAAGGAAAUUUUAAAAGUUUUCUUACAGCCAAAUAACUCAAAAUGUUAUAACGCUUCUAAACAUUUAAAAAUUAACCCCAAAAUCGCUGCUUCACCCCUGCUGCCACCUGUCCAUGAUCUGACUUUGAAUGCAUCCACAUUUCAGUACUUAUUUCACCGCCAGAUUUGUUUGCAGAUCAAACAUAUAAAAGAUCUAGUCAUCUAGCUAAUAUACUUGUUGAUCAAAGUUACCAAAGGCGGAACCAAGGAACAAAAACCACUUGUGCAGUACUGUCCGAAUUCAAAACGAAAAAUUAAAUAUUUCAUUUUGUUAUUACAUCAUUCAUUAAAUUUAGCAUGUUGUUAAUUUUUAGAAAGUGAACAUCCUAGCCAAAAAAGACCUGGAUGCUCAAGCAGCAGCAACAAGAAAGCAUGCAACUGUUGUCAUAAAAAGAAAUGUUCGGGCAUGA